CACACCCCUUCAGCCCUCAUCCUGAUGCUUCGCCGCUCCGCUGUGACGUGCUGCGGCGCGCAGAGUGACGUAGUCGGCGGGCCGAUUUGAAAUUGAGAGGAAGGAGUCGGCGCUGUUAACGUAUAGUCACAAUGAGGCGAAGCUCGAGUAUUGCCGGAAGCAGCGGUCGGCAAUCUAUGAUGGCACUGAGAGUGCAGGACAACAACAAAAUGGGUCUUCAAACACCUCAGAUGAAAGACAGAGGUACGUUUGGGAAGCUGAGCAUGAGCAAACCUACACCUGGAACUUCAGAAAGAAAAGUCAGCUUUUUUGGGAAGAGAACUAGUGGGGCUGGAGGUUCACGCAACAGUCAGUAUGGUGUGUUUGGUACAGAAAAGAUCAAGGAUCCCAGGCCGCUUCAUGACAAGGCAUUCAUCCAACAAUGUAUCAAGCAGCUUUGUGAGUUUCUUGUUGAGAAUGGUUACGCCCAUAACGUUUCCAUGAAAUCACUACAGUCUCCAUCAGUUAAGGACUUCUUAAAAAUCUUCACUUUUAUCUAUGGAUUUCUCUGCCCUUCAUACGAACUGCCUGACUCAAAAUUUGAAGAGGAAAUUCCCAGAGUUUUUAAAGAGCUUGGGUACCCCUUUCCUUUGUCAAAAAGCUCCAUGUACACAGUGGGAGCACCACACACCUGGCCUCAGAUCGUGACAGCUUUGGUUUGGUUAAUUGAUUGCGUCAAGUUGUAUGCUGCCAUGAGGGAAAAUGCACCAUUAUUUGACGAUGGACAGAGCUGGGGAGGAGAGACGGAUGAUGGGAUUGUACAUAAUAAGCUUUUCCUGGACUACUCUGUGAAGUGCUAUGAGCAAUUCAUGAAAGGGAGAGAUACUUUUGAAGAAUUGGAUGCAGAAGUGCAGUCAAAAUUAAAGGAUUUAUUUAAUAUAGAUGAAUUCCAGAUAGAAGGUUUAGUAGCUGACAACAAAAGACUUAAUGAAGAGAUUGCGAGACUAGAAAAAGAAAAGGAAAGCGAGCCGGAUCGUAGAGUAACACUUCGAAACCUGAAAUCGUCUCUUCAAGCAGAUGUCCAGAAAUACCAGGCUUAUUUGGCUAAUCUGGAAUCUCAUGUAGCCAUCCUUGAUCAAAAACUGGAAGGUGUUAAGGAGGAAGUUGAGACAGUGGAAAUGGAAGUAGAAGCAAUGAAGCAGGAGAAUGCCCGGCUCCAGCAUAUCUUUGAUAACCAAAAGUACUCAGUUGCGGACAUUGAGAGAAUAAAUCAUGAGAGAAAUGAGUUGCAGCAAACCAUUAACAAGCUGACUAAGGAAGUGGAAGCAGAAGAACAUCAGCUGUGGAAUGAAGAGCUAAAAUAUGCUAGGAAUAAAGAGGCGAUCGAAAUGCAACUGGCAGAGUAUCAUAAACUGGCUCGGAAGCUGAAAUUAAUUCCAGUAAGUGCUGAGAAUUCCAAAGGCCAUGACUUUGAGAUUCAGUUUAAUCCUGAGGCAGGACCAAAUUGCCUAGUCAAAUACAGAACUCAGAUCAAGGCUCCCCUUAUGGAGAUCAUAAACCAGACUGAGGAAGAAAUUAGGAAAGCUACUCAGAGGAAAAUGACUUUGGAAGAUACUUUGGAACAGGUGAAUGUAAUGGUAGUAGACAAGAAAAGCAGUGUGAAAAUGCUGAAAGAAGAAGCUGAAAAGCUGGAUGAUCUUUACCAUCAGAAGCUUAAGGAGGCAGAAAAUGAAGAGGAAAAAUGUGCAAAUGAACUGGAUUUGUUAGAGAAGCAUAAACAGUUACUUGAGAGUGGUGUCAAUGAUGGUCUCAGUGAAGCCACAAAUGAAUUGCAUGACCUUCAGCGACAAUAUCAAGUUGUAAUGCAAACAACAACAGAAGAGAGCAGGAAAGCUGGUGAUAACUUGAAUCGUCUUUUAGAAGUGAUUGCUACUCAUGUAGUAUCUGUAGAGAAAUAUCUUGAUGAACAGAAUGCAAAAAUUGACAGAGACUAUGAAGAAUUCAUGUCUGAGGAUCUAUUGUCAUUCUUGACCAGAAUUCUAGACAGUUAUAAAAAGAAGGCUGAAAGUCUGUAAUUACCGAAAAGGUGAAGAUGAAAAUUUUGUGUUUCUGAAGCUCUGGUAUGGUGCCUUCAAAAAGGAUGGGUAGUUCCUGUGUUUACAGUGAAACUGGUUACAAGUGUAAGGAAAUGUUUAUGAACUUCCUGUGUUUUAUUACACUUCCUCCUUGCAGUAUAUUAUACAUGAUUACAGACAUCUGACAAGACAGCUGUGGAACUUAAUUUCAUUUUUUCUUCAUAAUCAAAUCAUUUGUGUUCUUCAUGUUUUCAUCAAAUCAUGUGCUCUUCUAGGAACAUUAGUAAGACAAGAGUACAGUUAACCUGUUACCAUAAGAAGCCAGAGUGGACUUAAAGAUGGAACUGCAAGCGACAGCACAAAUGCAGAGGGUAUUGGCAACUUGAAAUACUGCCACUUAAAAGUAGCUAGUGGUUUUUGUAAACUUGUGGGAUUGCUAACCGAGGAGAGAGAUACACUUUCCUUUCUGGAGUAUAGUUUGUGCAUUUUGUAAUAUAUGUAUGUAUUUAGUGCACAUGCAUGACAGUACACAUCCUUCCCCAAGCCUUUUAGUAGCACGACCAAAUACAAAUGUCUUUCAGUCUCCUGCUUGUUCAUUUUUCUGUGAAACUGCCCAGAAGACCCCUCUUACAUGAGUAAGAUUUUUUUUUUACAAAAAUCUCUUUGAAAAGAUCAGUAGUAGUUAUACAGUAGUGUUGUAAAUAGUCUACAGAAAGAAAGUCAGUUUGAAAACAAAGUUCUAACUGCUCAUAGUCCCAGACAAAACCUCACUGUACUACUUGAAUAUGUAUACAAGAGGCAGCUCUAAGUAGGGCAACAUAUAAAUUCUAGCAAUACAGCUAAUCAGUUUUAGAUUUGGCUAAUGUUGGAUACAUCAAAAUGGUCUAAAAUGAGUCUGCAUUCUUCUGUUAGACCAGUAGGACAGACGUUAUUUGAUUUUUCUUCCUCAGGAAAGUAGCAGUAAAAUUAGCAUAUGGAGAGCUCCAGUUCAAAUACACUGAAGAAAAAGUAACACCAUCUUUUGAACAUGUACUUUUGUUCAGCGCUAUGGAAGUAGCAUCUUAUCUACUUUGUAUAUACCUUUGUGUUUAAAAAAAAAAAUCAGCAUUUGUCUUGAAUAAUUUAGUUUAUGGUGGUAUUUCCUAAUAAAAGUAUUGGAGUAUUUGAGUGUUUUCAAGAGUUCAGUAAUAAAUAUCACUGAUUCAAAUAUACAAUGAUAAAAACUUUGCAGUCUGUUCAAAAGUUUUUAGCAGCUGAUAGCUAAAUGAAAUUGCUCCUUAAUUCUAUAAUUAGACACAAUAUUUGAAUGAAAUGCAGGUCCCUAGGAUAUACAUAACUUAACAAAACUUAACUUGGAUCAUCUGAACACAGACUGCAAAUAAAAACUGAACUGUUUUUAAUUCUAUACUAUUUUUGCAGAGCAUAUAUAAAACUCAGUUGUCUGUAACAUAGUGUCGUGGUUUAACCCCAGCCAGCCAUGAAGCACCCAACAGCCACUCACUCGCUCACUACCUGCUGAUAGGCUGGGGGAGAGAAUUGGAAGAGUAAAAGUGAUAAAACUCAUGGGUUGAGAUAAAGACAGUUUAAUAGGUAAAGCAAAAGCUGUGCACGCAAGCAAAGCAAAACAAGGAAUUCAUUCGCUGCUUCCCAUGGGCAGGCAGGUGUUCAGCCAUCUCCAGGAAAGCAGGGCUCCAUCACACAUAACAGUUACCUGGGAAGACAAACGCUGUCACUCUGUCCCCCCUUCUUCCCUCAGCUUUAUGUGCUGAGCAUGACAUCAUAUGCUAUGGAAUAUCCCUCUGGUCAGUUGGGGUCAGCUGUCCCAGCUGUGCCCUCUCCCAGCUUCUUGUGCACCCCCAGCCCUCUCACUGGUGGGGUGGUAUGAGAGGCAGAAAAGGCCUUGACUCUUUUAAGUGAGUGUGUAAGCCCUGUUUAGCAGUAACUAAAACAUCCCUGUGUUAUCAACACUGCUUCCAGCACAAAUCCAAAACACAGCUCCAUACUAGCUACUAGGAAGAAAAUUAAUUCUAUCCCAGCCAACACAGUGUGUGACUCCUCUGGCUCAGGUACGAGUGUUUUGUUUCAGAUAUUUUGAUAAUGAUAGCAUUUUUUAAGCUUCUAACUUUCUGUUCUUUUGUUGUACUUCAGAAGUUUAUUUUGACAGCUGUAAGUUUUCUGACAGGUGGGUAGUAGUUCUGCUUGUCCUUUUUCAUUUUACCUUUACAAACUCUUACUACUUUUUUUAUGUAACAGCCUAAUCCUUACCAAAUCUCAGUUCCUUGUUCUUAGAAGCUUUUUUCUUUUGUGAUCUUUCUGAUAUUUUUGUUAUCUAAAGCAAUAUUCUUCUAGUUAAGCAAAACUGUGAACUAUACAGAAUAAUCAUGUUCCUUUAAAAUAUGUGCUUAUUUAGGGGUUAUGCUCUCUCUUGGCUGCCUGACACCUGUUUGUCUCUGCUUCUAUAGCUGUUCUUGUGUAUGAGCAUCUGCAGCUUCUUUGCUUUGUGGAGUAGUCAGUUAACUGAGUAAAUGAAAGCAAAAUAAAUGUCAUUUCCAAGGACUAAUACUAAACCAAUGGUAAUGGGUUAAAAAAUCAAGGUCACAAUGACCUUCCUUCAUGUACUGGCAAAUGUAAUAUUUUGAAAUUAAAGUAGUCUCAGUAAUAAAAAGUCCACAUUUGUAAUGCUGGCAACAUGUUUUUGUUACUGGGCUGAACUAAAUUUUUGGCUUUUGUAUGGAUACAGUUGCCUCAUUUAUUGCUAGUGUAUCUUUUGUACAGUUAAUAUGCCUUAAGUUUAUGUAUAUUUACACUUAAUAAAAUUUCUUAAACCUG